CUUUCAGUGAAAGUGUCCAAGAGAGAAGCUGGCAACACUGCAGCCUGCUUCUAUUCUGGGACAUAUGCCUGGAUCAGUCUGCACAAAGGAUAUUCAGAAGAAUAUCAACGGCUCCAUUUCUACUGCCUCUUCCUCUCCUGCCAUUAUCUUAACCGAGCUCCAGCCGCUGAUGGCAAACCCAGACCUGCCGCCCGAGUAUGAAAACUCGCAGGAAGACAAGAGGGAGGUGGACACUGUGCAGCAAAGGUCCUCAAAUGUGCGCGCCUGCAGGACCCGCUUCCUGAAGGCAAUCUCCUACUUCUCUGGGGACAUGAAGGUGUUUGGAAAAUGGAUGGAAAAACAGUUCUUCCUGCUGCAGCUGCUGGACUGGGUUUUGCGUGGAGCUGCUCAAGUGAUGUUUGUCAACAACCCUUUGAGCGGCCUCAUCAUUUUUGCAGGCCUCAUCCUGCAGAACUACUGGUGGGCCCUGAAUGGCUUUGUGGGCACGCUGUUUGCCACCAUCUCUGCCCUUAUUCUGCAACAGAACAGGGGGUCCAUAGCUGCAGGGCUGUACGGUUACAAUGGUAUCCUGGUGGGUCUGCUGAUGGCUUUGUUCUCCCAUAAAGGAGACUGGUACUGGUGGCUCCUGCUACCCAACAUCUUCAUGUCCAUGAUGUGCCCGAUUGUGUCCAGUGCCAUAGCAUCGAUCAACAGUCGCUGGGACCUGCCAGUGUUCACCCUGCCCUUCAACAUCCUGGUGUGUCUCCACAUGGCCGCCACGGGACACUACAACCACUACUUCCCCCAAGUCCUCAUUCAGCCGCGCUCAGAGCUGGCCAACAUCACCUGGGCUGAGAUCGACGUAGCCAAGCUGUUCAUGUCGGUGCCCGUGGGAGUAGGCCAGGUGUACGGUUGUGACAACCCGUGGACGGGAGGAAUCUUCAUUGUCUCACUCUUCAUCUCCUCCCCUAUCACCUGCGCUCAUGCUGUUCUGGGAUCUGCCGUGGGUAUGGUUUCAGGCUUGGCUCUGGCAGCUCCUUUUGGAGACAUUUACUUUGGCCUCUGGGGAUACAACUGUGUGCUGGCUUGCAUUGCUGUCGGAGGAAUGUUUUACACUCUUACCUGGCAGGUGCAUCUGCUUGCCAUCACAUGUGCUUUUUUCUGUGCAUACCUCAGCUCAGCCAUUGCCAAUAUCAUGUCCACCUUUGGUCUGCCAUCCUGCACUUGGCCUUUCUGUCUCUCUGCCCUCACUUUCCUCCUUUUAACCACGGAGACCAAGAAGAUCUACAAGCUGCCUCUGGCUAAAGUCAACUACCCCGAGAAAAACCUGGCCUACUUCUGGAAGAUGAAGAAGCAAGACAAAAUGGAGAAGGCUGAGAAAGAGAGGAAAGAGAACAAGGAGCAGAGGAAGGCUCUCAAGGAAGCGGUGAUAUUGAACGAGAAAGAGCAACUGAGGCUGCAUGAGAUUAGUUUUGUUUCGCACCCCUGAAAGUCCCGCCCACCUGGGACGUUUGUGUCAAAAUCGAAAUCAAAAAAUGAGGGAGCUGCAGCGAGAGCAAAAGUCUGAUCAUUGAGAAAGAA